AUGGGUGAGGGCCGGUCGCUCUCCGGUAAUGCCAGCCGGAUUCUCCGGGAUGUGGACGAUGAAGGGGAGGAUGACGAGAACAGGUCGGCUCACAACUUCACCAGGCUCAGACCUCCGGCUGUGCAGGGGCAGCUCUUAGAGCCUUGGUCCGUGCACUCCAUGCUGAUGCAGUCAGACACCGCUCUGGCAUCCCG